AUGGCUUCAUCUUCGCAAGGAAAUUCCCCCAAUAGCUGUCAGAAUGCCGGUGUCAACGAGAAACCCUCCGUCGACGACCAAUAUGUCGAUGCAAUUGACUCCCCCAGAGACGAGGAAUCAGCAAUAGGCUACGACCCCGAGAAACAAGACAACGAACCCAAAGAGCUCACCAAAACCACCACCAACGGCAGCCAUAUCGGCAACCUAACCACAAGAACCCUCUCGCUCGUCCGGACUAGAGAAUCCGGCAAAGACGUCGGGCCUCCUCCAGAUGGGGGCUUCGAAGCAUGGCUGCAAGUAGGCCUGGCGCAUAUGGUUAUUUUCAAUACUUGGGGCUACAUCAACAGCUUUGGCGUGUUCCAGACAUACUAUGUUGAGAUGCUUGGUCAUCCGCCGUCUGAUAUCUCGUGGGUUGGAAGUAUACAGAUCUUCCUGCUUUUCUUUGUUGGGACUUUUGCAGGUCGUGCGACGGAUGCCGGCUACUUCAAGCUCAUUUUGACGGCUGGAGCUCUGCUAGAAUUGUUCUCUAUUUUCAUGACCUCUCUGUGCACCAAGUACUGGCAACUCUUCCUGGCGCAGGGUCUUGGUCAGGGUCUCGGAUGCGGACUCAUGUUCUGUCCCACUGUCGCUCUAAUGCCAACAUACUUUACCAAGAAUCGAGGCAUUGCUAUUGGUAUCUCCGCAUCUGGGUCAGCAACAGGGGGGCUCGUCUUCCCCGCAGUGGUCAUGCGACUCCUACCCCGGGUGGGCUACGGAUGGACCAUGCGAACGCUGGGGUUCAUUUCCCUGGCCACGCUUAGUCCCAGUGUGUUCUUCCUGCGACAGCGCCUCCCCCCUCGCAAGAGCGGCCCACUGGUCGAAUGGGGAGCGUUCAAGGAACUGCCAUACCUCCUCUUCGCCAUCGGCAUGUUCCUCAACUUCUGGGGCCUGUAUAUCGGAUUUUUUUACAUCGGCAGCUUUGGCCGCGACAUCGUUGGUGUCUCUCAGACCGUAUCCAUCAAUCUACUCCUGGUCAUGAACGGCGUCGGCCUCCUGGGUCGUCUGAUCCCGAACCUCAUGGCUGACAAGUACACCGGCCCACUGAACAUGCUGAUCCCAUUCAGUCUAGCGACCGGUAUCGUCGCAUACGGCUGGAGCGGCGUAAAUAGUCUGAGUGGACUAUACGCCUUCGCUGUCUUCUAUGGUCUGUCUGCAGCCGGUAUCCAGUCACUAUUCCCAGCGACGCUGAGCACGCUGACGACGGAUCUGAAGAAGACGGGCGUGCGGAUGGGAAUGGUGCUUAGUGUUGUCGGUAUUGCGGCGCUGAUUGGGUCGCCAAUCGCUGGUGCGCUAGUCCAGGAGGAUAAUGGCGAGUAUCUGUAUGCGCAGAUGUUCAUGGGCAGUGCUAUUAUAGCUGGAUCUAUAACUUUGGUCACGGCGAGGAUAGCCAAGCGGUGGAUACGAUCUGUUGAUCUCCGCGUGACUCGAUUCCAAAACAUUCAAUUACUCAUUCUUCUUCUUUUUUUUUUUUUUUCUACAAUAGAACAGCAAUUCCUCGAUAUUCAUACUGUCCCUAUAGGGUAUUUCCAGCCAGAGCUUGUGAAUACAUUCAUAAUGGCGCCCCGUGGCCGUGGAAAGUUCGCAAAGCCCAGCAGAGGAGGUGGAAAACACUUCAGUCGCGAUGUCCAACCAACCGACAAAGAUGGAAACCCCGUGAGCUUAUGGCGGGAAUCCCAAGGUGAAAUCCCCUCUUCCGAUGAAGAAGAACAAGAAGAAUCCGGCUCUGGCAGCAGCUCCGAGGAAGAAUCUUCAGAGGAAGAAGGUGAAGACAAAGCCGGCCCCAGCUCCUCAGCAGCCGCCGAUGUGACCCGUGAAGAGCGCCGCGCCGCCGCAAAGGCCAAGAAACAAGCCGCCAUCGCAAAGCGCAAGCAAAUGGCUCUUCAACCGGGCGACCUCCCGCCCUCGGACUCCGAAGACGAGAAUGACGGUGAGGGUGAGGGUGAGAGCGGCGAACUUCCCGCAAACCCCAACCACACGGUGUCGUCUCGCAAGCAGCUGGAGAAGACAGAUGAGGAGACCAAGCCUAAGAAGGAUCUGUCGCAGCUGUCGCGUCGGGAGAGGGAAGCCCUUGAGGCGCAGCAGGAGAGGGAGCGGUAUAUGAAGCUACAUGCGGAGGGCAAGACGGAGGAAGCGCGGUCGGAUCUGGCACGACUGGCGCUUAUCCGGGAGCAGAGAGAGUCGGAACGGGCCCGGAAGCAGGCUGAGAAGGAAGAGAAGGAGGCCGUGGCCAAGGAGAAGGCGGCUGCGCGCGAUGCGCUUUUGUCCAAGAAGAAUACCAAUAAGAAGGGCGGGGGCAAGAAGAAAUAA